AUGCCUAAUACACGAAGUAAAAGGCGCGACAGAUCGCAUCCACAAGAAACACACCAAGACAAAAGGCUGAAAAUUAACGAGCCCCCACGAGAACACGGGAAUUAUCCUGAGCUGAGCUGGGAUAUCUGGUACUUGAUCGCCGACGCUCUCGGCGAAAAUAAUAGGAAUGACCUAUUGAACCUAUGUUUGGUGUCCAAGGAACGCAACGCUCAAUUUACAUCGGCCUUGUACCGGUCUAUUGUGUUGAACCCGGCCUCUCUUCCCGUAGAUGGCGUUCAACCCAAGGACGAGGCCGUGAGAAUCUCUGGAACUAUUCUACGUCGACUGCUAAACACUCGCGAUGAUAAGUUCAAGCCCCUCGUGAAAGAGUUGACACUCAAACCUGUUUUGAACGAGACGCCUGAAUUUAAAAGCGCGAUGGCAAAGUUCAGGGCAAAAGAGAGCUUAUCUCGACUGAUACAGAACUUGCCAAACUUGUGUCGAGUCCGGCUUGAGUUCACAGCCCCUUUGUCACACAGACUCAUCCAGACCCUUGAAAAUCAUCCCCGUGGGCUCGAUAUUCAGCUUCUGAGUGAAGAUGGCAUGAAUCCACCCCCUCGCGGUCAACUACUCCCGUGGGUUUCGAAGAUCAACGCUUUCUUCCCUAGAGGACCAUCGACGCGAAACGAUUCUCACAGAGCAACCAACAUGCACUCUCUCCUACUGUCUUGUCCAAACGUGAAAUCAUUCUCUAUUGGAAAACUUCUCCAGGAGCCGCCAAUCCCUGAGCCAACCCCCAGUGAUGUGGAAUGGACGUCCAGCGACAAGCUUCCUCCCAUUCAGUCUCUUUCAAUAAAUGGAGGCCAAAUUGGGGGCCCUAACUGGGCUAGAUGGGAGGAGACAUUUUGCUGGCCGAGUCUCUCAUCUCUUAGCGUUGGCCCUUUGAGUAUGCAUGCAUGUGCCACGCUGAAUAGGCUAAAAGGCCAAGCUCGGUUCCUACAAAGCUUCACAUAUCUAUGCGCAUGUUCUCAUUCCCAGGCUCGCCUCUCACAAUUCCUCGCAUCAUUCAAUACCCUAAAGUCCUUGGAGGUGACAAAGACCUUCUGUUUCAUUAAGGAUGUGGCUCUUCAUACACAGCUGACAACUCUCUCCUUGCACGUCAAUGAGUGGAGUGGUUUUCGCCAAGAAAAGGCGACACUAAGCUCUGAGGAUCUGGAAUAUUUGGAUGCACGGUGUCCUAAUCUGCAAAUACUGGCGGUUGAUAUCAAUCCCGACGAGGAGGAGUGGCCAUCAAAGACUCUCCGCACACUAGCAACUAAGUUCGACAAACUUCGCGUUCUCUCCCUCCACAUCAGAUACUCCCGUGCAACACAGGAAACUAACCCGGUUCCCGUUCUGACCCGUGGAUCCGCCGAAAAUUAUGGUGAAAUUUUCUAUGGCAACAGAUGGACUGCUUUUGACAAGUCCAAUAAUCUCUGCUUCUUGAAUGACACCCAGGGUCAAUUCCCUGGCCAGUUUGAAAAACUUGUUCUGAAGACUGGAGAACCACUUGAAUAUCCGUACAAACAAGUGAUGAAAUUCGAACUGUUGCCGCCUCUGGGCCUCGGGAGAAAACCUCAACUUCGGGUUGUAGAAACUGGAGGCAGAGAAGACCCAUUAACAAUUUCCAGCGAGAUAUCCGACUCAUCAUUUGGCCUUUUCCCGUCAAUUUGA